CGAUAAGAAAUUGUUCAAUAAAAAUGGCGUUUUCCAUUUUGCGAUAUUUUGCAAUUGCUGUAAAAAUUACUAAUUAAUAUUAAUAACAAUAAGAGGUUCUGAAAUUUUGUUUCGUUGAUUUUAUAAAUACGUUGCUGUUGUUUUAGAGAAAAGAAAAACUCUUGUAUUAAAAAUUGCAAAUGUGUAACCAAUAAGCUCAAAUAUAUAUACGUGAUCGAGGAGAAUAAAGUUUAUAUUCACACAUGCAUAUAUUCUAUACGCACUGGCACAAAAAACAUGUUCAUAUACACAAAUGCCCAUUAGAACAGGAAAUGCGAUACGUUUGCAACGGAGUACCACAAGUUUCGCACGGUUUUUUUGACUUCAUUUUUAUGAGUUUCAUCCAUUUCCUGCUCUAGUUCAAUAAGUUGCACAUCAUGCAGGCAUACCUUAUUAAUUUGAAUUGGCUAUAUGAUCCGACUAUAAGUACAUUAAAUUAUGAUCGUAAAGUUCUGAAAGAGUGAGUUAUAAAUUUGUUGUCUAGUGGAACAGGUAAAUAGUACAUAUGGGAAGAAAUAUGUGAACUUAAUUAAAUAAAAAUAUCUGAAAAUAUUGCGAUAAUAUUCAUUUGUAUCCUAAAAGUGCACUAACAAUAGUAUAAGAGAAAGGAAGAAAGAUAUACAAAAUUAUGGGUAUAUUGUACAUGCACACGUGGAAAGAGUAUUUCAGGAUUAUACAAAUAUAAUUACAUUUCUAGGUGAAUGCGGCUGUAACAGUUAUAAAAAAGGACUCAUUUCAAUAAGUAUCAAUUUUGAGCUUAUGUAAAUAAUGACGACGUUUCUGCAUGCUGCAUAUUUUAAACUACUUUAAUAAAGUGCUAAGCUAUGUAGUUUCAAUAAUAUGUUAGUUUAAAGCAUAGACAUAAUUGGUAAUAUAAAAUUUGAAAUUGUACGCUGUUUUUGAGUAGGCGAAGGAGUGUUAGUUAAAAUAUAUAAUAUGAAUAAAUUAGAUUAUCCCCGGCGGAAUGGAGCCCACAAAGUACGAAUAACGAUAUUGUGUGCACGGAACUUGGCUCGGAAGGAUUUAUUUCGGCUCCCUGAUCCAUUUGCCAAAGUGCAAGUGGAUGGGACAGCACAGGUCUAUACCACGGAUAUUAGUAAGUCGUCUCUAGAUCCCAAAUGGAACGCGCACUACGACCUUUUUGUAGGUAGUAACGAUGCUGUUACGAUUACUGUAUGGAAUCAGCGAAAGAUACAUAAAGCUAGUGGUUUUCUCGGCUGUGUACGCAUACCUUCGGAUUCAAUACAGAGGCUGAAGGGCAUGGGAUUUACGCGCUUGAAUUUAGGCAAACUGUCUCCUGAAGAUGAUGAUAUGGUUCGUGGCCAGAUUAUAAUUGCUUUAUUGUCAAAAGAUGGUCCAUGUGGUGGCAAUCCUUUGGCAGUAGUAGGUCCCAGCGGUGACAUUCGCGGUCCAUCGGAGGAUGAUUCGUCUGAGGACAGUUUGCCAGAAGGUUGGGAGGAGCGUCGCGCGGGUAAUGGUCGUGUAUAUUAUGUUAAUCAUGCAACGAAAUCAACCCAAUGGGAUCGACCCAAUACGCGUCAUCGUCAACGCUCGGCUGGGCAACAUAGUCAAGUUACUAGCUUGAAUCAGCCUGCUGGUCCAACUCGCUCGACAACUUGUACAAACCUUCUUAAUGGCCAAAAUAACUGCAGCAGUGGGAGAAAUGGAGGCGAAGCAGCCGACGAAAGACGUCAUUCCACGGAAAUACUCACCUCAUCGAGUGUGGGGAGUAGCAGUAUUAACAAUGGUAGCAAUACAAACACUGCCAUUCAAUUGGGCAAAGAAAAUUGUAGUCCAAAGCGGUUAGAGAAAGAUAUUAGUAAUAUGCCAUCGGCAGUACCCAGCACAAAAAAAGCAAUCCAACAGGCUCGGGCUAAUAAUCAACAAAAUCAAGCAUGUGCUAGCGUGGCUAAAGUAUCUGAUGGACCUCUGGCAGCCACACAACAGGUGCGAGGAAAUGAUUAUAUAGCACCGGCAACAAAUACAAUGACAACCACAACAGCAGCAACAGUUUCAACGACAACAACAACAACACCCACCACGUCUUAUUUUGUGAAUUCGGAGGGUGUUGCCCAUGGAGUAUCACGCAAUGACAAUCAGGGGAAAUCAUCGAAGUCAGAAACAAUAUCACAUACCAAUCAAGGGGCGUCUUUAUUUAAUGGGCAUAACUUAUCGGAGUUAGGUGAUGGACCUCACACUUUAGGAACACCGGCAACACCUCAGCGUCAACAUACUCAAAAUCAGGCCAAUGGUAAUGCUAGUACGAGCGGAUCAAAUACUCCUCUGUCGCAGACAAAUGGUUGGAGUACCGAAGCAAGUGAACAACUUUCGUCGACGAUACCUACUACUAUGCUACUAAGUCCGACAUCAGGCAAUGGCAAUGCUUGUGGAAGCAGCGUUGUUAGCAGUGUUGGUCUGGUGCAGAGAUCCAACUCGAACUCGAACUUACAAUUAUCAACACAAGCAAGUUCAACGCCGUCAAAUGGCAAUCAAUGCGAGAGGGACCGUGAUCGUGAUAGAGAACGUGAACGAGAUUCACGUAAUGGGGGUAUACCGCCUACAAACUCCAUUGCUUCAACAGCAAUUACUCCUGGUCAACGUUCACAGCGACGUGCUACACGUGGUAGUGAAGAUUCAUCGCGUCGCCGUUCUUCGCGAAGCACGCGAGCUGCUAAUAGUAGCGGCAGUGGUGGUAGUCAUCGAUAUGCGAUUUGUAACACCAAUGGUGCUAAUCUGACAGCACGUCCUUUUAUGGACCUACCCGCAGGUUAUGAGAUGCGUACAACUCAACAAGGUCAAGUGUACUUUUUUCACACUCCUACGGGUGUAUCGACUUGGCACGAUCCGCGCAUACCUCGCGAUUUCGACACGCAACAUCUAACACUUGACGCAGUGGGACCUCUACCUAGUGGUUGGGAACAACGAAAAACUGCAUCUGGAAGAGUAUAUUUUGUAGAUCAUAACAAUCGGACGACACAGUUUACUGAUCCCCGAUUUAAUUGCAAUAUAUUGCAAAUGAUACGACGGGGUACGCUGUCUAGUAAUGGAAGUGGUUCCAGUGUGGUGGCUGCUGUGGUUUCAACGGGUAAUGGUAGCAUUGUACAGCACCUUUCUCCUGCAGCCUCCCAUCCGCUGUCUGGUAAUAAUAGCGGAGGAGCAAGCAGUAAUGGUGGUGCUGCUAGUGGAGGUUCUAGUACGCCUCAUCGCAUAGCAAAUAGUGCGGCUGCCCCACCCGCAGAUCUUCCACAAGGUCUUCUAGAAGGUGCUGAAUUGUUACCAAAAUAUCGUCGCGAUUUAGUUGGAAAAAUGCGCGCUUUGCGUACCGAACUGCAGACACUGCAACCACAGUCCGGUCACUGUCGUCUUGAAGUGUCACGUAACGAAAUCUUUGAAGAGAGUUACAGACUGAUUAUGAAAAUGCGACCUAAGGACAUGCGCAAACGUUUAAUGGUAAAGUUCAAGGGAGAGGAAGGCCUCGACUAUGGCGGCGUUGCGCGUGAAUGGCUGCACUUACUCUCACGGGAAAUGCUUAAUCCCCAGUAUGGAUUAUUUCAAUAUUCACGCGAUGAUCAUUAUACGUUGCAAAUUAAUCCAGACUCUGGUGUUAAUCCAGACCACUUAUCAUAUUUUCACUUCGUUGGGCGCAUCUUAGGAAUAGCGGUGUUUCAUGGACACUGCUUGGAUGGUGGCUUUACGACACCUUUUUAUAAGCAACUACUUAACAAACCCAUCACAUUAAGUGAUAUUGAAGGGGUUGAUCCAGAGUUGCAUCGUAGUCUAACAUGGAUGCUCGAAAAUAAUAUAACAGGUAUUAUAGAUUCCACGUUUAGUGUGGAAAAUAAUAGCUUUGGUGCAUUGGUAGUUCACGAACUAAAACCAUCAGGUGCCUCAAUACCAGUUACCGAGGAUAAUAAGCGCGAAUAUGUCAAGCUUUAUGUGAAUUAUAGGUUUAUGCGCGGUAUUGAGCAACAGUUUUUGGCAUUGCAGAAAGGUUUUUGUGAACUCAUUCCAAGUCAACUUUUACGCCCAUUCGAUGAGCGAGAGUUAGAGUUGGUGAUUGGAGGUAUUUCGAGCAUAGAUGUUAGUGAUUGGCGCAUAAAUACAAGACUGAAACAUUGCACACCGGAAACGCCACAAGUUAUUUGGUUCUGGCAGGUGGUGGAAUCCUAUUCCUCUGAGAUGCGAGCACGUCUUUUGCAAUUCGUAACUGGUUCAUCACGUGUUCCAUUGCAAGGUUUUCGAGCGUUGCAAGGCUCAACUGGAGCAGUUGGACCACGCUUGUUCACCAUACACCUUACUACAGAUGUGCCAACGCAAAACUUGCCAAAAGCACAUACGUGCUUCAAUCGCAUCGAUUUACCGCCUUAUGAAACGUAUCAGUUGUUGUGCGAUAAACUGACGCAGGCUGUGGAGGAAACUUGUGGAUUUGCCGUAGAAUAAUUGCAUAAAUAGUGGUUACCUGGUGGUAGAAUAAAACGAAUAAAAUACAUACCUAACGACUAUUGCGGCAAUAAAUAGGGCCCAUUCGUAAAUGAUAACAUGUAUUUUUGCAUUACUUGUUUAGAUGGAAUGAAAGAACACACAUCACUGCUACUCUCAUUUUCCAAUUUGUUAAUUUAUUAGUUUUUAUUGAUUUAUUGUUGCCGACUUGUGUUGUGGUUCGUAAGCGCCGCAACGUAAUUAUACAUACUCAUGUAUAAGUAAACAUGCAUACAUAAUAUAUAUGCUUCCCAAUAAAGAUAUACACAUAUACACCUAUAUGCAUAAAGUCUUUGUUCACACACAUUUAUACAGUUAGCCGAGAAUAUCAAAAACAUAUAGGUUUCAAAGCUAUAAUGAGACACACAUUUUAUUUGUAGUUUUAACAUUCUAAGUAUAUCUCUUGUGUUUUUGAAUUAAUAAAAACUGGAAUCUAUUCAACUA